AACACCAGUACUACAAAACACUGCUUUAAUAAUAACAAAAAAACAGUGAUGAUUCAAAAUUUCCCUUGUAUCAAGGCCCCCUUUGAAACACUGUUUUCACCUUUGAUCUCAUUCUUCUUUAUUGGAUUCCUAGACCUGCAGCCUAAUCAAUCAACCUCUUUCUAAAAAUCCCAUUUUUCUCACAUGCAAUCUUCAAGUCUUGGCAGCAUCAGAAAUGGUUCAGUUGAGCCCCAGAGUUCACUCAAAUUCAGGGCUAAAAACAAGAGUCCCUUUAUGAUGAGGGCCCUUGGAGGGCUUGGGUGCAAGGGGCACUCAUCGUCGGCAGCGUCGGCUCCGGCGGUGAUCCGGUCGGCGGCGGAGUGGGACCCUGCUAACCAAGGGAGGAGGGAUAAAAAGAAUAAUAAUAGGAAGAAGAAGAAGAAGAAAACAUCAUCGGCGGCAUUGGGUAAUGGUAUUAGGAAUCCUGCUGCCAAUGUAGUUGUAGAUGUUCCUGAUGUCUGCUGUGCCCCUCCUGGGAUUGGUUCUGUUUCCGAUGUUCUUCCUAGACCAAGAAACAACACUCAGAGACCAAAUCACAGACAGCAUUCUCGUUUACAUCGAAGAGCUGCAACCCAAGAAGAAAGUCAAGAAACCUCUGCACUGAACUUGUCACCAUCUUCUGAUGCAAUUAGCAACAGAAACCAGACAUUUAGUACUAGGAAUUAUCCAGUGUUUCAUCAUCAUUCUCCUGGAGGAGGAAUAUCUGAGAUUGUGAUACUAAGACAGAACAUCCUGUAUGCAAGAAAUGUUGACAGAUAUGAUCAGUAUGGAGAUUGGAGACUUGAUGUGGAUCAUAUGGGCUAUGAGGAACUGCUUGAAUUGGGUGAUAGGAUUGGUUAUGUGGGCACAGGUCUGGGAGAAGAGAGGAUACUUCAAUUCCUAAAGAAAGUUAAACACUCAAAUCCUGAGGCCAUUCCAUUGCUUAAUUCCAACUAUGACAAAGACUGGAAGUGCAGCAUUUGUCAAGAGGGAUACAAAAGAGGUGAUGAAGUGGGAAGGUUGGAGUGUGGGCACUACUACCACAUACACUGCAUCAAGCAAUGGCUUCUCAACAAGAAUGUAUGCCCUCUUUGCAACAACUCUGUUGUAGAUGACAACUGACACUCCCACACUUUUUGCUUUUUUGCCUUAUUCUUCAUCUUAUUUCUCCUUAAAUCUUUUCAUUUUCCAAUUCUGCUAUUCAAUUUCCAUUUUCUUCCACACAACACUGGAGUUGCAUUGGGUGAUUUUACUCCUAGUCCUGGGUGUGGAUGUGAUGUGAGUGUUUGACUAGUGAAAAGCAUAUAAUUAUGAUUGUAUUAAAAGUUAAAAUGUUUUGUUUCACGUUGAAAGUUGAAAGUUGUAUUUAGUGGUGAUGGAAAUUAAGAGUAUUAUUCUUAA